AUAUCACCUUGAUAUUGAAUUAAUUAACCCAUUGUGUUAAUGUGAACUUGCUGAGAUAUUUGUUUUAAAAAUGAUUUUGUAUUAUUGUUUUCUGGUGGUUUUGAGUUUCGUUGCUGCAAAAAAUGAAGAGUAUAGAGGAUACAGAGUCUACAAUAUAGAAGUUGACACAGAAUUACAGCAAGAAAACAUAGGUUUACUUAGAAGUGAUUUAAUAGAUUUCUGGAGAAAACCAAGCUAUAAAUAUGGAGUCACCGGCAAGGCUAUGGUGCCACCUUCUCAUUUUAACUGGUUUGAAGAACAAUUGGAGAAAUUGGGGCUAGCGAGGGAUGUUUAUAUCGAAGAUGUAUAUGAAUAUUUAAACAAAGCAGACAUCGAAAUAAGAUCUUCAAGAGAAGAAAUCGAUGAUGAUGAUAAUAAUGGUGAUGACGAUGAUGAUGAACAAGAAAAAACUCCUUUUGAUAUCAAACGCUACCACAGGUAUGAUGAUAUCCUAACCCAUCUUCGUGAAUUACAAGCAAAAUACCAAGACACGACAACAAAAGUGGAACUGGUAGAAUUUGGAGUAACAGAGCAAAACCGACCUCUAGUUUAUAUUAAAGUUACCAGAAAUAACAAUAAUAUAGAAGAAGGAAAUAAUGCUAAAGAAGAAAGAAAAGAGAAACCAAUAGUUCUAAUAGAAGCUGCUAUUAAUCCAAGGGAUUGGAUAACUAUUCCUGCUGCUCUAAAUGUUUUGGAGAAUAUUUUGAAAGAACAGAAAUAUGUUGAGGAUUUAGAAUGGAUGGUGAUUCCAGUAUUGAAUCCUGAUGGAUAUGAAUAUACCCAUACUAAUCUCCGCCUCUGGCAGAAAACCAGAAGCACCAACAGUCACCUAGCCCACAUCUGUCCUGGAGUUAACAUCAACCGCAAUUUUGAUCUCGACUGGCUUCACUUUGACUCCAGCUCAAGUCCUUGCAGCCACCUCUUCGCGGGCACCGAGCCUUUCUCUGAAAUCGAAACCCAAAUGAUCCAAAGCCUUAUAGAAGAGUAUGGUACCAGAAUCAAGCUAUACAUUUCGUUACAAAAUAAUGGAGGAUAUAUCUCAUAUCCUUGGAAUUAUGAGAAAGCUGCCAGCGGAAUGUUUAGACAGCACCAUCUUUUGGGUUUAGAUAUGAUUAAAACAAUGAAUGAUGCAUACAACUUAGACGCAGGAUCAGUGAUUUUUGAUCGAGCUUCAGGAACUAGUAGUGAUUAUGCUAGAGAGAAAGAAAUACUUUAUACUUUUAAUAUAGAUGUAGUACAUGGUGAAAAUGGAGUGUUAAUACCUGAAGAAGAUAUUGGAGGGAUUGUUGAUGAUGUUUGGAAAGCUGUAUCUAUUGCGGCUAAUGAAAUGAUUAGAUUGUACAGCUAAGAUGAUUUUGAGUUUUCAAUUGACUGUUUUAUUAAUAUACUCAUUAAUUUA